UUUUAUGGUUUUCCAAAGUUAGUUAAUAAAAUUUGUGUUAAAUCAGAGAUUCAAAAUUUCAACUCAACGUACAGGCAUAACCUGUGCGCGCAGCUGUGCAAAUUCGAGGGGAGGCACAGUCAAAAUCAAGAAAUAUAAACAAAAAACUCAAAAAUAAAAAUACAAAUUUUUCCACACACGGCAUUCAAAAUGAAUCACCUUUCGCCUCCGCUCACACCGCAUUCGCAGAAACCAACACAAUCGCCAUCGUUGACGACAUUCGCAAAUUCUUCACUUGAUGUGAAUCUUGACUCCACGAAGAAUUGGAUACAACAUGCGUCCACUUUCAAUUCGGUUAUUGCAUCGGCGCAGAAGUUAAAUAAUCUUCCCUUUCCAUACAAUUCACUUUUCUACUCCAGCGUCUUAUGGCCACAAUUCCUGCUCUCCUCUACAACAUCAGCGCUUGGCACACCCACCACUCCUACAACUCCCAACUCUCCCGCGUCGUUCGCCAACAAUCGUGACUACACACUCACCCCCGAAAAGGAUCAGGAAAAUGUAGUUGCCCCGCUGCAAGAUAGCAGCAAUGGUGAGGAUAUGCCGCUCAACCUAUCACUUAAACAAACGUCGUCUUUGAAAAAAUUGUCGCGCUUCAGCCCCGAACGAAGAGAUGAGAGCAGCGAGGCCGGCCAAGUUACUGCCAACGCUGUCGCGCAAAUUACAAGCACACCGCCACCAUUGCGAGCCGUCAACCUCAAAACCACCGCACCCAAUCCCACCGAGAAUACCUUGAUCAACAAACAGGAACAGCGUUCACCGACAAAGCGGCGGUCGCAUAGCUCGCUCAUCUGGUCACCGGCAAGUAUGUGCGAGAAAAGGGAAGCGCCCGAGCCCGCAGCAAGCGUCGACUAUAGUGGCACGUAUGUCAUCGAUCCAAUAGUGCGUAAAUUUAAAUACGAACGUCGCGCCAACUAUCCACGCCGUUCGAUUGGCGCGGGGUCUGGUGAUGUGUCGCUUGAAUCGCCACUCUCCUCCACCACAGCUUUGGCGACGCAAUUCAAUGCUGCUGCCGUGGCAGCUGCAGCCCGUGCACAAGAUCUGAAAGCGGCCAAUUUGGAGUUGGAAGUGGCUGCGCAACAACAAAUCUAUGCGCAUCGUACCGCCUUCAUGGCCGGUCUGGCGACGGGCAAUAAUUUUGAAAUGUUGCAAGCACAUCUGAAGGAACUGCAGAGUCGCGCUGAUGCUUUCGUGCAAAACAACAACAAUGAAAAUUCCAUGGUAAGCAGGAAUGCAAGUCGCCUGGGAAGGGGUGGCAGCUACGAUAGCCACGAUGACGGUUUGGAACAACUGAAAACAGAAGAAGAUGCGGAUAUGGAUAUGACGGAGGAUGCGAUCCGUUACUCACCUAAUGAUUCGGUAUCCGCGCACGAGCAACACCAACAGCAGUUGCACCAAUAUGUUGCACAACAACAACACCAACAUCCGGACUCGACGGCGAUCAUUAGCACAGCAGAUGUUCAUCACCGCUCGUACAGUUGCAGCAGCGAAGGCGAGGAGAAGCGUGGGACACGCAACUUUCAGUGCAAACAAUGUGGCAAAUCCUUUAAGCGUUCAUCGACUCUGUCUACACAUUUACUAAUACACAGCGACACUCGGCCGUAUCCCUGCCAGUAUUGCGGCAAGCGAUUCCACCAAAAAUCCGAUAUGAAGAAACACACAUACAUACAUACAGGUGAAAAGCCGCACAAAUGCACCGUUUGUCUUAAAGCUUUCAGCCAAAGCUCCAACCUCAUCACACACAUGCGCAAACACACCGGCUACAAGCCUUUCGGCUGUGGUCUCUGCGACCAGUCAUUUCAACGCAAAGUGGAUCUGCGACGUCAUCGCGAGAGUCGUCACGAAGAGAGUUUGGCACCCGUGAAAAUGGAGGUGAGCAGCAGUAGUUGCUGAAGACACGCCUAUGGGCCAGAAGAGGCUCAGAACUAUAACGAGACUGGUAGUUUGUCGAUCAUGCCGCGCAACAGGUAUCCGUUAUGGAUUGGCUAAGCGAGUGCGGGUUCGAAGUAUCAGAAAGUGUCAUUAGUGUAGUGAUAUUUCGUGCACACAUUUGCAAACAUUUCGUACAUGCAUACAUAGUAUGCUUAGAAUAUUUAUUGAAGUUAUUUAAAUAGUGUUU